AAUUGUAUAAAUUGUACUAGUAGCAAACGGCAAAUAUGACAGACUAGUGAGAAAAUGCUUUAAGCAGUAGAGGCAGAGCCGCUGAGAUUCAAAGAGAGAGAGAUUACAAAUUCUCAAUCCUGUAAUUUUUAGGGUUUCUGAGAGGAACGAGACAGUGGUAGAGGGAGAUGUCUGACCUAGAUAGGCAAAUAGAGCAGCUAAAGAAAUGCGAGCCACUGAAGGAAUCGGAAGUGAAGGCUCUUUGCCUCAAAGCCAUGGAAAUUCUUGUGGAAGAAAGCAACGUACAGCGCGUCGAUGCCCCUGUUACUAUAUGUGGAGAUAUCCAUGGGCAGUUCUAUGACAUGAAAGAACUUUUCAAAGUAGGAGGGGAUUGCCCUAAGACAAAUUACUUGUUUCUUGGAGAUUUUGUUGACAGAGGAUUUUACUCUGUUGAAACAUUUCUGCUUCUGCUAGCCCUUAAGGUGAGAUAUCCAGAUCGGAUAACCCUUAUUAGAGGGAAUCAUGAGAGCCGUCAGAUAACACAGGUGUAUGGAUUUUAUGAUGAGUGCCUACGUAAAUAUGGCUCUGUGAAUGUUUGGAGAUAUUGCACAGAUAUAUUUGAUUACUUAAGUUUGUCAGCUCUCAUUGAGAAUCGGAUUUUUAGUGUUCAUGGUGGUCUGUCUCCUGCCAUAUCAACAUUGGAUCAGAUCCGAACAAUUGAUCGAAAGCAAGAAGUGCCUCAUGAUGGUGCCAUGUGUGAUCUUCUAUGGUCAGAUCCUGAAGAUAUUGUGGAUGGUUGGGGUUUGAGUCCGCGUGGUGCUGGUUUUUUAUUUGGUGGCAGUGUGGUCACUUCUUUCAACCAUUCAAACAAUAUAGACUAUAUUUGCCGUGCCCAUCAAUUGGUAAUGGAAGGAUACAAAUGGAUGUUCAAUAACCAAAUAGUUACUGUCUGGUCGGCUCCAAACUACUGUUACAGAUGUGGUAAUGUGGCUGCAAUCUUGGAGUUGGAUGAGAACCUUAACAAGCGAUUUCGUGUUUUUGAGGCAGCUCCACAGGAAUCAAGGGGCACGCCUGCAAAGAAACCUGCACCCGAUUAUUUCUUGUGAUAAAAUUGGCGAAGCCAUUUUUUAUUAAUUACCAAUGGGUUGAUGACAAAGAAAGAUCGACUGUAGCAUGGCGAAGGAAAUCAGGAGCAAUACUAGAAGAUCCAAUAGGGAUGUUGCCCUGUAACCAGGCAGGGUUGAGCUUUCUGGUUCUUUUAUACAUUUGGAUUAUUGGGGUUUGCUUUCUUGUAUUCCCACUUCUACCACCGUUGAUUUCUGUGUAAUAGUAUUUGUAUAUCAUGCCUUGUGCGAGUGGGUCAUUGAAAUAUAGGACAUCUAUCCUUCCUCAACUCUGGUGGGGGUAAAUGGGUCUUGUGGAAGGAGACUUUGUUUUUUUUUUUUUUUUUCACAGAAAAAUAUUAGGUUAGGAACGAUGAGGAAGCAAAAGAGGUAUAUGAAGCUCUCAAAUUUGUUAUUUGCCCUUCAGGACAAUAAAAGUUGUGAUUAUCUUCCUUUA